AUGGCGAGUGCGCCCGCGGUGGAGAGGGUGGGGGUUUGGGUUGCGGGGUGCACUAUGUGGGUGAGCUGUGAGAUGGGAGUCACGGUGUGGAUGCUGCUGGAGGGGUUCGAUAAGUUAAUCCAGGAGAAACGGAAACCGACAGAUGGCGGCCGAAGGUUCCUGUGGGACCACAAGACAUAUCCUCUAGCGGGCUUCCGGAUCCUCCCAGAACUGUGUGACGCCAGCGGUAGUGGCAGCAUGGUCGUCACCCCGGAGUUUUUCGAUACGCAGGCAAUCAUCGCGGAGCUCAGGGAUGGCGGCUGGGUUAGGGAGAGUAGUCGUGUUCCGUUCUGUUUUGAGCUGCCCGAGUAG